UGCCCCCUCUCCCGCGGGCCGCGCCCCGGGCCCCGCACUGACGCCCAUGGCGCCGCCCGCCGCCCGCCUCGCCCUGCUCUCCGCCGCCGCGCUCACGCUGGCGGCCCGGCCCGCGCCCGGCCCCGGCCUCGGCCCUGGACCCGAAUGUUUCACAACCAAUGGUGCAGAUUACAGAGGGACUCAGAACUGGACGGCGCUCCAAGGCGGGAAGCCAUGUCUGUUCUGGAACGAGACUUUCCAGCACCCAUACAACACUCUGAACUACCCCAAUGGGGAAGGGGGCCUGGGCGAGCAUAACUACUGCAGAAACCCGGAUGGAGAUGUGAGCCCCUGGUGCUACGUGGCAGAGCAGGAGGACGGCGUCUACUGGAAGUACUGCGAGAUACCUGCCUGCCAGAUGCCUGGAAACCUUGGCUGCUACAAGGAUCAUGGAAACCCACCUCCUCUAACUGGCGCCAGUAAAACAUCUAACAAACUCACCAUACAAACCUGCAUCAGCUUUUGUCGGAGCCAGAGGUUCAAGUUUGCUGGGAUGGAGUCAGGCUAUGCUUGCUUCUGCGGAAACAACCCGGAUUACUGGAAGUAUGGGGAGGUAGCCAGUACUGAGUGCAACAGCGUCUGCUUCGGGGAUCAAACCCAGCUCUGUGGUGGCGAUGGCCGGAUCAUCCUCUUUGACACUCUCGUUGGUGCCUGCGGUGGGAAUUACUCGGCCAUGACUUCUGUAGUCUAUUCCCCUGACUUUCCUGACACCUACGCCACAGGGAGGGUCUGCUACUGGACCAUCCGGGUUCCGGGGGCCUCCCACAUCCACUUCAACUUCACCUUAUUUGACAUCAGGGAUUCAGCAGAUAUGGUGGAGCUGCUGGAUGGCUACACCCACCAAGUCCUGGUCCGAUUCAAUGGAAGGAACCGCCCACCUUUGUCUUUUAAUGUCUCCCUGGAUUUUGUCAUUCUCUAUUUCUUCUCUGAUCGCAUCAAUCAGGCCCAGGGAUUUGCUGUCUUAUACCAAGCUGUUAAAGAAGAACCACCGCAGGGGAGGCCCACUGCCAACCAGACUUUGGCCGAGGUGAUCACGGAGCAGGCAAACCUCAGCAUCAGCGCUGCCCGGUCCUCCAAAGUCCUCUACGUCAUCACCACCAGCCCCAGCCACCCACCUCAGACCGUCCCAGGAUGGACAGUGUAUGGCCUGGCAACGCUCCUCAUCCUCACAGUCACAGCCAUUGUAGCAAAGAUCCUCCUGCACGUCACAUUCCGAUCACAUCGCGCUCCUGCUUCAGGGGACCUUAGGGAUUGUCGUCAACCAGGGACAUCAGGAGAAAUCUGGAGCAUUUUCUAUAAGCCUUCUACUUCGAUUUCCAUCUUUAAGAAGAAGCUCAAGGGUCAGAGUCAACACGAUGACCGUAAUCCUCUUGUGAGUGACUAAAAGCUCCCCCAUGCCCAGGACAGGAGGUUCCUCUGAGCUCAAGGCCACGGGGACCACCUCUCCCGUGGUUUCCUCUGAUGGACGCUUCCCUGCCUCUCCCUUGGCCUCUUCAGAGGCACCUGCCGAUGGACUGGGAAGGGGCGCCCCGCUGCAGGGCCAGGCGUAGCCUGGAUUCGUCCUGCUUCAUCAGCUGCACUUAGGAGAGAAACUCAAAGUCCCAGGGUCUGGCCCUGUGUGUGUGUGUGUGUGUGUGUGUGACUCUCUCUGAUCCAGGAAUGGGGGUGUCAGGACACUGGAGCUGAGAUGACAAAGAUGGUUGUGUCCAGCACUGGGUUCAGGUAUAUUUUAGAUGGCUGUCAGGUGGUGGUAAGUGUAGUGUGCCUUGAGUCUUGCUUGCUUCUUCUCUGUUUUGCCCACACAUAGAUCACUUUCUCCUGGUCUUUAUGGUUUAGAAGAAGGCCAGGCAGGGAAUUCUGAGGCUCUCUUGAGGGUUGGCCUGGUCCCCUACUCCUGGGUAUUAGCAUCCCAAAGCGCUAAAGAGGGCCCAUGCUCUGUGCUGACUCGGCUUUGCUCUCCAGACGCUGAACGAGAAAAGGCCUUCCAAUCUUGGGCAGCCUGAGAAUUAGGUCUUCUGAACCCCAUUCAUGUCAAACCUCUGGCCUCCCAGGUUCCCUCUUUGCAGCACUUUGCCUCAUCUCCCCAAGUCCCUGAGCCACUUCCUACCGUGGCCCUUCCUGGGGUUCUGCCACAUUGGCAACCCGUCUGACACUGGCUGCUGCCAGAAAACGGGGCAGCUGGGAGGUGUCCACAGGGAGAGGUGACACUUGGCAACCAGGAGAGAUGGUAGGAGCUGGAGGCAGAGGGACCUUCAAAAGGGGAACGAGGCCGUGCGUCCACAGGGGGGCACCCCGUGAGACCCACCACAAGCAUGGAUCUGCUUGCUGCUGUCGUCAUGCUUUGAUCUGAAAAGGCCCGUUUCCCGGGAGCAGCUGUCCGCAGACCCGGGGUCUGGAGACAGGUCUGUCCCUUUAAGGACCACUGGAAAUAUACUGGCAUGUGCAAACUAUUCCUGGAUUUUGAGGAAUCUCUUCUCAAACACAAGUGUCAGGUGUGCGGUGACAAAGGGCCCUGAGCUGUGAAUAGACCCUCAUCCAAGGGAAUGUGGAAUUUGGCAACGGGUUCACGCAGCCAGCAGGCAGUGCAGCUGCCAAAGACUUACUCUGACCACUGGCCCACCCUGCUGGUCACAGGGGCCAAGCCUCAAGCCAGUGUGUUUGUUGUCUGAGCUGUGGCAGGAUCAGCCCUUUCUCAGAGAUCCUGGAAGCGCUGGUGACGCCCCAGUGCUCUCCUUCCGACUGGACCUGGAACAGCCCAGUGCUGCCAGGAUCAACUUACUGCCCGGAGAGGGGCCACGGGAAUCCCAGGCCAGCUUCAGGACAGCCUGGGGGAAGAGCCAUAAAUCUUCUCGGCCAUGUCUUGGUUGGAGCCUGUCUGUCGGCAGCACCCCACAGAGGGUCCCUGUGGCUAAGUAAACAGCUGAGAAAGAAAGAGUGAGGUGUGCCUCCAGGAGGCACUUGACCUUCUAAGACACUGCUUUAGAAGAGAGAUAUUGGGGGCUGGGGGUGAUUGGGAAGGGUGACCCUGAGGAAAGCCCAUCACAGAUCACAUAGCGGAAGAUGAUGAAAGAGGAAGGGGAGGGGCUCCGGGGACCAUGUGGUCAGUGGCUCUGAGAGCAUCCGGUCCACAGCCUCUGCCCUGAGGAGGGUGAAUGGAGGAGGCUGCAAGUGGUGCCUCAGGACCUGCGUGCCCUCCUCAUCCUGUGCACUGUGGUACCCAGGCCCUGCCUCUCCGCGGGUGUCCCAACAUGAGUGUGGGCCGCUCUCUUGCUGCCUCCCCUUUCCUUCGCUGUGUCUCACAGUGCCCUUGGCCCCUCUAGGAGGCACUCAGUGCCCUGUGUUCUUUCUCCCCGUGUGUCACUGCUUACACAGCAGAGAAGGAGUGGGAAUGAACCCCGGGUACCUACCCCACAGCCCCAUGUCAGAACAGGGUAUAGGCGAGGUGAGGUGAUUGCUGUAACUUCUGAAGUUUGGGCUCUGGCUCAAGACUCCAAUCAGCCAGAAACCCACAAAGAUCAAAGCACUAGUGAGCGCCGCCGUCCUGGACCUCAGGCCAAACCUGUGGGGAAAGGCCUGCCACACGCCCCGUCAUCGGCUCAGGCAGGAGCCGGCCUGACCCAGCCGAGGAUCUGGCCAGGCCAUCCCAGCACCAGCGGGCACGCAGGCUGUCGCCAAGCCUCUGCAUCCCGUCCGAGCACUUAAUCCUCACCAGCACUUAGCGGACGGCCUCAGAGAUCCCCCCUCCCUGCCUGACGAGGCCGCCCCAGGUCUCCCACUCCAUAGCCAGUCAGCUGGCACCCUCUUGGGUUGCAAAUCUCCUCUUUGGCGUUUGAUGCCGGCUAUUGUUACUACCUUGGGAAUUUUAACCUUUUACUUGUUUCCUCUGGUGCCUUUGUUUACCUUCCUCACUCUUCUACCUCCUGGCCAGGUCUCCCAGCGUAGCUGCCCUGGCGCGGGGUGUUUCUCAAACCUUCCAGCCGCAGCCGCCUCCCCGCAGGCUGGCCGGCUCAGGGGUGAAAGGGCCUCCCCCUCUGCCUGCAGACCCAGGGGGUGCCCAUUGCACAGGCUUCCGUCUUGUGAGUCCAGCAUGCUCCUCGAGACGGAAGUGAGGUGUGGAGGAAAGUCCGAGGCAGAUCUGCGUCAGAAAGAAGGUGUCUUCCCGAGCACGUGGCGGGAGCUGCCCCGCAGGGGUCACGCGGCGUCCAGACCAGCCACGUCCAGGCUCACCUUCCGGGGGAUCUUGACUUUGGAUGACAAGGCUUUAUCUGUAAAUAUGCUCUUAGUAUGCAACUUUGAGAAUAAAAUAGAAACAUCAUGUAUUUUAAAAUAUAAGAUGAAGUGUGACGCACUGUAUACAAUUUAAUAUAUAUUUUUAGGGUUUUGUUAUUUAAGAAAAUGGAAUGUAAUGGUACUUAACUUUUACAAAAGAGAGAAAAAUGUUAUUUUUACUGCCUGGAGAAAAUAAAUAUUCUCAUUGUUGUAGAAACGGG